GCCGUGAGACUGUGUUGAUGCGCCACUACUUCCCGACGUUCCUGAUGCCGCUCCUGCGACUAGGCCUGGACCGCGUAUCUCAGAGGUGUAGUAUGUAUGCACACCUAGGAACGAAGGAGCCCACUCAUUUUCCUUAACGAACAAAGUAGGAACGAACAAAAACAUUCCUUUUUCAAAGUCUUCAAACACCUCGCCCUCAUCGCCAUGCUUCGCCCCUGGUCGUUAGACGCCGACUGGAUCGAGACUGGUAAAACUUACUACGAUGUCGAGCCUGGAAUGGAUGGAUGGCAGGACUAUGUCGACACUGUGAAUGCUUUCUACCACAACAGCUUCUUCGUUCCUUGUGUUGCAGGGUAUGCUCUACUUGGUGCUUUUGUUGCUUGCGUUAUCAUUGCGACGCUCCGUCGUAUGAUUCUCCUUAUCUCGCCAGCUCGCGGACGCGCCAACAUCUCGCAGUCCGACAAGGUCAUCAAUGCCGUUCACAAGCAUAUCAUCUCUGCUCCUCUAUUUGGACAGCGACAUGCAGAAACAUUUGCUUGGUCGAGAUUUUUUCCUUGGCAGGCACCGCUCCGUGGCCAGACGCUGCUGCUCCUGGGUCUCUUUCUGGCCAACUUCAUUCCCCUUGUCGGUUUCUACAGGCCUUCGCCUGCUGAGAAGAAUCUCUACUGGCCUGCCGAUCUGUACGGUCAGAUGGUACGUUAUGUCGCCGACCGAGCUGGUGUAAUUGCGACGGUGCAGAUGAUCCCCUUGAUUCUCAUGAGCGGGCGCAACAAUCCCGUCUGCCUUCUCACCGGUGCAUCGUACAACACUGCCAUGCUUUACCACCGGUGGUUCGCCCGCUUCGUCAUGACACAAACCCUCGUGCACGGCAUUUCCUACACAGCCUCUGCGCUGCACUCAGGCAAAGAAUCUUACGAUGAGAGCUGGGAGCCGUACUGGGCAUGGGGAGUCGCCGCGACUUUCUUCUUCGCCUUUCUCUGCUUCUUUUCUCUCCGUUACUUCCGAAGAACAGCCUACGAGAUUUUCGUUUGCACACACGUCGUAUUCGCUGUUCUGGGUUUGGUUUGCCUCUGGUAUCACGUCGCCGUGCUCAAAGUGGACACCUGGCGGGAAUUUCUCCAGUAUCUCGAGGCAGCCUUUGCCUUUUGGGCCUUUGACCGCGUCGUGCGCAUUACCAAGCUUGUGCUACUCAGCUUCAGCGCGUCGGCCAAAUCGAGCAGUGCCGUUGUGGAAGCCGUCGCUGCUCCCCUUCCUGGAGAGGCAACUGGCGGCGGCGGCGGCGCAGAGGUCGUGAAGGUCACCAUCCAGCUGCCGGGACCGCUUGCCAGCCAGGUCAAGACGGGCUCUCACGUUUAUCUCUGGAUCCCUCGGCUCCAGCUCUUCUCAGCCCACCCUUUCACCGUUGCCAAGAGCAGCUUCAAGGCUGACCAGGGCAGCACUCUCGUGGUCCUUGCUAAGGCGAACCGUGGUCUGACCAAGAAGCUGUACAACUCGGCUGGAAAGCAGCUCAGUGUCUUUGUCGAAGGACCUUACGGUGGUCAUGAAGAUCUUUCACGAUUCGAUCGCACCUUGCUUUUCUCGAGCGGUAUCGGCAUCACUCACUGCCUAUCCGUUUUUACCGACGCCAUCGUCAAGGGAGACAAGGAAUCACAUCUCAUCUGGACCAUGCGUGACCCUUCCAUGGCUGCUGCUGCAAUCGAGCUACUUGAGGAGGCCGUCAAAGAGGCUACUCCAUCUUCAGGCGCACCCAAGACAACCAUGUCCAUCUUUGUUACCCGCUCUUCGUCUCCUCAAACCAAGGAAGACAUUCAGACUGCAGCGGCAAUCGCACCAAUUCUCACGUCCUCUUCCAACAGACAAAAGGAGAUCUCUUCCGAUUCGCCCGAAGAGGAUGAGAAGAAGUCGCUGGGAAGCAGCGGAGCUGAUGACAGCGCUCAGGAGUUGACCCUUCGGAAGCGUUUCGAUGCUCUCGAGGAGUCCAGCAAGGGUUCUCUACGCGUCACCUGGAUCCACCUUCCGAACAAACGCCCCGUCCUUGAAGACAUCGUGGCCGAAUUCGUAGGAGACCAAAAGGCUGAAGACAACUUUUCGAGGACGACCGCGGUGGUCUCAUGCGGUGCAAACUCGUUCUGCGACGACGUAAGGCAGGCGUCCCGGCGGUUCAACCUUCACCUGUCUGAGGAGCCUUUCGAAUGGUAAUCGGCUAUGAUAAUAGCCACAAAAAGACUUUCUUCGCAUUUCUCUGUGUUAUCGUUGUCACUAUCUCUCUG